AUGGAUUACUUUCACAAGCCCGAACGAAUAAGUCCCAGGAUCAUCAUCCACGGCGGUGCUGGCAACAUCACACCGGAAAAUCUUCCCGUGCAAUCGUACAAUGCCUAUCGAGAAGCUCUUAUAGAAAUUGUCGGAAAGUCGAACACAAAGCUGCUCGAGCCUGGCGCCAGAGCCAUCGACAUAGCAACCUACGCCGUCAGCCUCCUCGAAAAGAACCUGCUCUUCAAUGCCGGCCGUGGAGCAGUCUAUACCACCGCUGGUACGCACGAGCUCGAAGCUUCAGUCAUGGUGAGCAACGGCUACAGAAAGCGAGGCGUGGGCGUUAUGGGAGUGAAGAAAGCCAAGAGCCCGAUCAAGCUUGCGAAAGAGAUGCUGGUCAGAGGGGAGCUCGCGGAUGGAGGAGGCGCUCAGGGGCAUUGCCAGCUACACGGCGAGACUUGUGAUCGAUUGGCAGAGGAGUGGGGACUGGAUCUGGCGAAGCCCAGUUAUUUCUGGACAAGAAGGAGGUGGGAUGAGCAUCGAAGAGGAUUAGGUUUGCCUCAUGAUGAUGAGAGUUACGAGGAAGCAAAGGAGGAUGCAGAUCGUGGCCAUGCGUGUAAGUCAUCGCAGCGUGCUGGCGGUUGUGAUGCAUUGGACAGCUUUGAGAGCACGCCUUCUGAGUCCGAUACUGAAGACGAAAGGAACGAGGAAUCAUGUAUAUCUGAAAUAGGAUGGGACGGGAAAGAGUACUUACCGCAAGGGACUGUUGGAGCAGUCGUUCUGGACAGCUUCGGCACCCUCUGCGUUGCGACAUCCACCGGUGGUCUCACGAACAAAUUGCCAGGACGAAUUGGCGAUACACCCACUCUAGGAGCUGGGUUCUGGUCAGAAGAAUGGUUUGAUUCACAGGUCAGAAGCACAGAAGUCUCGAGCACAGCUCUGCUAUCACAAUUGUUCUCCUCGAUCGGCGACUGUCUACCGAGUCUCUCGGGCUACACUCCUCUACCAGCACCCACAGCAAAGGGUGAAUCAGGCAUCAGAGCAGUUGCAAUGUCUGGAACUGGGAAUGGUGACAGUUUCCUCAGAACGAAUGCUGUGCGUACAGCUGCUGCGAUUGCAAGGUAUUCUUCGAAAUCUACCAGGGCCGAGUCAGGCAGAGUUAGCUUACAGCAAGCUGUCAACGCCGUGGCAGGGCCGCAUGGGCAGCUGCAACGCUCAGCUGGCGAACGAUGGCAUGUGACGGGUGAGGGUGAGGGUGGCAUAAUUGGCAUUGAGCUCGUGGAAGGUGAAGGCAAAAUAGUCUUCGACUUCAAUUGCGGCGGCAUGUUCCAUGCGUGGGUAGAUGACGAAGGAAAGAAGAGGUUUGAGCUUUUCCAAGACGGGCCUCGGCCACCUCCAUCUUGA